AUGGUUGAUGCUACCACCGGCUACGAGAGGUUGACAUUCCUAGAUGCAUACUCGGGGUACAAUCAGAUUCCUAUGGACCCCGAAGAUGAAGAAAAAACGGCUUUUAUUACAGAAAAGGGAACUUAUUGUUACAGGGUCAUGCCCUUAAGACUGAAGAAUGCUGGAGCUACUUAUCAACGCCUUGUCAAUAAGAUAUUCGAUAAUCUGCUGGGAAAGACAGUUGAAGCAUAUAUAGAUGACAUGGUGGUUAAAAGUGUGAAGAAAGAAGAUCAUCCGAAGCAUCUACAGGAAGUUUUCAACACUUUAAAGAAGUACAACAUGAAGUUGAAUCCAUCAAAGUGCUCCUUCGCGGUAUCAUCAGAUAAGUGCAAACCAUUCUUCGAUGCUAUACGAUCCAAGAAUAAAGAUAUAUGGGGACCUCAGCAGAAGGAGGCCCUCAGUCGGUUGAAAGGUUACAUGGCUGAACCACCCAUUCUAUCCGCUCCAAAACCCGGGGAGGUUCUUAUUAUGUACUUGGCAAUUUUUAAUACAUCGACAAGUGCAACAUUGAUUAGAAACGAAAGAAAGAGGCAAUAUCCAAUCUUCUACACAAGUAAGACUAUGACAGAUGCGGAGACCUAUCCUAUACGGGGUAUACUCUCUAAGCCUAAUUUAUCUGGGAGAAUUACCAAGUGGGCUAUCGAGCUAAGUUCCGUCGACAUAACCUAUGAGCCAAAGGUGUCGCAUAAAGGACAAGCCGUAGCGGAUUUCCUUCUUGAGUAUGAAGAUACUCCUGAAGAACCGGCACACCCAGAACCACAGUGGGAACUUCGAGUCGAUGGUUCCUCGAAUCAAGCAAGUGCAGGAGUAGGCGUUGUAAUGUCAACUCCUGAAGGCACCAAGCUGCAACAAUCUAUCUGUUUGAAGUUCCCAGCUACGAACAAUGAAUUGACAUGUCAGUACCACCCAAAAGAGGAAAGAAUGAAAGCAUAUAAAGAAGUUGUAGAGAACGUUGCACGGGGAUUCGAUCAGAUCGAAUUUUAUCAAGUACCUCGUGUUGAGAAUGCCGAAGCAGAUCAAUUGGCCACAUCAGCGUCAUCUUCAAAUGAGGAUUUGAUUCGGAUUGUGCCGAUUGACGUUCUGGACGAGCCCAGCAUUAAUCCUCCGCAGGAAGUGAUGGUAAUUCCAGUUAUUCCUCGGGAACCAUGCUGGAUUGAUCCAUUGGAAGCCUACCUCAAGCAUGGGGUUCUUCCAGACCAGAAGUCCGAAGCACGGAAGCUCCGUAUCAUCGCAGCUAAAUAUGCCAUCAUUAACAAUCAGUUAUACCGAAAGUCAUUUUCAGGUCUUUACCUGAAAUGUUUAAGCCCUACUGAGGCUCUUGCGGUGUUGAGACAAAUCUAUGACGGAGAUUGUGGUAACCAUUCCGGGGGCAGAUCCCUCGCGCAUAAAGUCCUGACUCAAGGUUACUUCUGGCCGUACUUGUCCCGGAAUGUAGAAGAGUAUACACGAAGGUGUGACAAAUGUCAACGUCACGGUCCUCUGAAGCAUCAACUUGCCGAAGAUUUGCACGCAAUGGUGAAUCCAUGGCCAUUCGCGCAAUGGGGGAUUGAUAUGGUGGGCCCGUUACCCAAGACUGUGGAACAAAAGGAGUGCGUGCUACUGGCUACAGAUUAUUUCACUAAAUGGGUAGAAGCCGAGGCCUACUCAAGUGUGACCCAUGAGCAGGUAAAAAGUUUCCUUUGGAACAACAUUAUUUACCGGUUUGGGGUCCCAAAAGUCAUUAUGAUGGACAAUGGUAAGAACCUCGAUAAUAGAAGUACAAGAAAAUUCUUUGCUGAGCAUGGAAUUGUACAAAAGUUAGCUGCGGUUAGUCAUCCACAAGGGAAUGGACAGGCUGAAAUAACUAAUCGGACAAUUUUUCAGUUGUUUAAAGAAGAAAUUGGAGAAACUCAAAACGAAAUGGUACGAGAAUCUCCCUCAGGUGCUUUGGGCGUACCGAACCACACCGCGGCGGCCUACGGGAGAGAGUCCCUUUACCAUGGCUUAUGGAUCUGA